GGCGUGAGUACCAUGGUCAUGUGUGGAGUUCAGAGGACAUGUAUGUGUAGGCGUGAGUACCAUGGUCAUGUGUGGAGUUCAGAGGACAUGUAUGUGUAGGCGUGAGUACCAUGGUCAUGCGUGGAGUUCAGAGGACAUGUAUGUGUAGGCAUGAGUACCAUGAUCAUGUGUGGAGUUCAGAGGACAUGUAUGUGUAGGCAUGAGUACCAUGGUCAUGCAUGGAGUUCAGAGGACAUGUAUGUGUGGGCAUGAGUACCAUGGUCAUGCGUGGAGUUCAGAGGACAUGUAUGUGUAGGCAUGAGUACCAUGGUCAUGUGUGGAGUUCAGAGGACAUGUAUGUGUAGGCAUGAGUACCAUGAUCAUGUGUGGAGUUCAGAGGACAUGUAUGUGUAGGCAUGAGUACCAUGGUCAUGUGUGGAGUUCAGAGGACAUGUAUGUGUAGGCUUGAGUACCAUGGUCAUGCAUGGAGUUCAGAGGACAUGUAUGUGUAGGCAUGAGUACCAUGAUCAUGUGUGGAGUUCAGAGGACAUGUAUGUGUGGGCGUGAGUACCAUGAUCAUGUGUGGAGUUCAGAGGACAUGUAUGUGUGGGCGUGAGUACCAUGGUCAUGCGUGGAGUUCAGAGGACAUGUAUGUGUAGGCAUGAGUACCAUGGUCAUGUGUGGAGUUCAGAGGACAUGUAUGUGUGGGCGUGAGUACCAUGGUCAUGUGUGGAGUUCAGAGGACAUGUAUGUGUAGGCAUGAGUACCAUGAUCAUGUGUGGAGUUCAGAGGACAUGUAUGUGUAGGCUUGAGUACCAUGGUCAUGCGUGGAGUUCAGAGGACAUGUAUGUGUGGACGUGAGUACCAUGGUCAUGCGUGGAGUUCAGAGGACAUGUAUGUGUAGGCGUGAGUACCAUGGUCAUGUGUGGAGUUCAGAGGACAUGUAUGUGUGGGCAUGAGUAUUAUGGUCUGUGUGUGUACGUGCUGGAGUCCCGCUCCAGUGAGCUCAGGUCCCAAGGAGAAGGUGUGGAGUCCCUGAGAGGAGACGACUGACACCUGAGAAACAAACCUCUAAGAGCAAUUUCUUUCUUCAAAAGGCACGACAUCGCAUGUGUACCGUGUAGCGAACAGCGUCCAGCCAUUUCCUGAUUGCAGGCCUGUUCCUUCAUUAGCUGGCCAAAGCGGGGACGGUCCUGAGGUCUCUUUUUCCAUCUGUACCACACCAUUCUGAUUCCUUCAGUGCCUGCUUCUGUAUAUAGCAGAGGGGAGCAAAGCCAGUCUAACUUGUUAGCAGGAUCUGCUCCGCAGGGGGCAGACCAGAUCUUGCCACCAGUCCUGUCUGAACUCUUACCCUAAGUGGCCUCAGGCUCUGGGCCCGGGCCCAUUGUUUCUACUCUGUGUUUUCCAUCCCUGGGACCAGGUGUGCCCAGUUAGUAAAUCUUUAACUUCUCUAUUCCUGGGGUAAGACAGGGGCACAGUGGGGACUCUUGUGGGGGAAUAGGCGGAGUUAUCCUGCUACAUGGUUCCACGGUGGUGGGGAUUUUCUCCCGAAGAAUUGUUUUGUUUAAAGAGACUGUUCUCAUCCUUCACCAACGCUCACACAAAAUUCCCAAAGGAAGCUCCCAUAACACGGGGAGAAUCAUUAAAGAUGAAAGCAAACGGUGCUGGAGAGUAGUGAUCUGCGGUGUCGAAAUGCCGGAACUUUGUCAAGCAGCAGUUUUGCUGUGCAGUCCGUCCGUCCGUCCGUCCGUCCGUCUGUCCGCACCACACAUGGGUGCCAGUGGAGGCCGGAAGAGAGUGGAGGAGCUGGCGUUCAGGCAGUGGUUGGGAACGACCCCAUGUGGGUGCUGGAAACCAAACCAAUGUCCUCCGCAAGAGCUGGGAAGGCUCUCAAACACUGAGAGACAUCUCUCCAGCUCCAAGGAAGUAUAUUUUAUAUAUUUCUGAUAUUUCAGUGGUUUUUCUCUCCCUCCCUCCUCUCCCUUCCUGUCUGUUUUGGAGACAAGGUCUCACUCUAGACAGGAUGACUUGAACUCCUGGGGCUAGAAGUUAAAGAGCGCUCAUUCCUUGGGACACACAGGAUCUGAUGCCCGCGUCUGACCCCUUCAGGCACCAGGCAUGCCUAUGGUGCACAUACAUACAUGUAGGCAAAAUGCUCAUACAUACAAAAUAGCACUUUUUUUAUAAUUUAAGAAAAAGUGUCUCAGUCUUUUUGGUUUUUCAAGACAGGGUUUCCCUGUGUAGCCCUAGCUAUUGUGGAACUUACUCUGAGACCAGGGUGGUCUGGAACUCAGAGAGCUGCCUGCCUCUGCCUCCCAAGUGCUAGGAUUAAAGGUUUGUGCCACCAUGCCCAACCCGAGUGUUUCUGAGUUGCUCCUGGAAAAAAGAAAUUACUGCACUUGAGUAAGGCCUUUGGAAUAAUUUAGUAUAGCUACAGACCUUACUUUGCUUCAUUCAUUGCGAAGGACUUUGUCCUGGCCGCCUCCCCGCCCCCUCCCCAGGGUUCAGGUGAACCAAAGGAGCAGGGCCUAGCAGCUGCUUCUCCCCUGAACUGCCCUCUCUAGUCCAGCUUUCUGUGGUGGUGGUAGGCAAGUGCCUGCUGUGCUUAGAACAAAAUACUCCUUGUAUUGUUACAUCGCUGUGUGCUGACACCUGAACCACUAGGACUGCCCGAUGAGUCUCCAGUGAGCUGGUGCUGGCUUUUCCAGAGCAGAUUAUUCACCCGGUACAUGCGAUCACAGAUGAUGUUUAAAAUCUUGGUAGAUUGCUCAUCUUCUAGGAUUCAGGUUAAGCACCUCAGUAGAGGAGAAAAGCCUUUAUGUAGCCUUUGGCGGGCUUCCAGAUAAACAGCGCCUUUGCGGAGUCCUGCCCACUGUUCUUCCACCCUCGAGUGGAGCCGCCUCUGAGAUGGCUUUUGUGUAACGUGAGCCUCCCUCGCCCACUGGAACGUAAAUUAGCAUGGCAGAAAAGGAGGCUGGGGGAAGGCUGGGGGAAGGCUGGGGCUGGAGCUGACCCCUGGCCGACCCGCAGCUGGGCCCCACUGGGGGCGUGGUCACGGGACGGGCUGGGGGCGGGGCCGCUCGCGCAUGGGCAGGAGGCCUCGGCUCCAACUGUCCCCAGUCGCCACAACCGUCGCCGCCACCGUUAGCCCUCGGAGAGCUGUUGCCUGCGUGCCACCACCAUGUCUAAAGGAGACGCUUCCCUGACUGGAGGCACAGAGAAAGGCGAGGAGCUGGUCGGAAGCCUGGGCUGGCGGUACCUGGUGAAGCAGGGGGAGGAGGAGGCCGAGGCGCUGAAGAAGGAGGAGGAGGAGGAGGAGGACUGUUGCUCGGACGACCUGAGUCCCGAGGCCCCGGGCAUGCACCCGGACCUCCUGGAGCUGGCGGUGGACCGAGAGAAGUGCCGCAGCAUCCGCAGGCAGUACCGGCAGCUCAUCUACAAUGUGCAGCAGAACCGGGAGGACAUCGUGAACACGGCCAGCGACUCGCUGACCGAGGCCCUGGAGGAAGCCAACGUGCUGUUCGAUGGAGUGAGCCGAACCAGAGAGGCAGCCCUCGACGCCCAGUUCCUGGUUUUGGCCUCGGAUCUGGGUAAAGAAAAAGCAAAGCAGUUGAAUUCUGAUAUGAGCUUUUUUAAUCACGUUGCGUUCUGUGACUUGCUGCUGGUGUUUGUGGGCCUGAAUUGGGUGGAAGACCAGUGUGAAGAGCUCAGCGACUGCGAUGACAGCAUGGCGCUUUCCUUCUGGGGGAUGGUGCAGAAGGAAGCGACGACCUGGAUGCUGCGAGCUGAGACGUUCCACUUCAUUUUUGGUUCGUUUAAGGCAGAGCGUCGUGCACGAAAGCCCCGGCUUGAACAUCACAAAAGGGCUUGCAAAAUGGAAGGAAAUGGAGAUAUGCCUACGAAGUUGAGGAAGCUGGACACGCAUGCUAAUCAGGAGACGACAGAAAAAGAAGUAGAAAGAAUCUUGGGAUUGCUGCAAACCUACUUUCAAAAGUACCCCGAUACUCCAGUGUCGUAUUUUGAGUUUGUGAUUGAUCCAAACUCAUUCUCUCGCACUGUGGAGAAUAUCUUCUAUGUUUCUUUCAUUAUAAGGGAUGGCUUUGCGAGAAUAAGGCUUGACCAAGACAGACUGCCGAUAUUAGAGCCGACUAAUGUUAACCAGGCGGAUGAAGAAAGUGAUUCCUGUUCCUACGGCAGGAAGCAGGGAGUUAUAUCUUUGAGUUUACAGGACUGGAAAAAUAUUGUCUCCACUUUUGAAAUUUCAGAGGCUAUGAUCAAAAACUCAUACUAAAGGUUUUGUUUGUAGUGUAUGACUCCGUCUUGUACUAGCAUCUCAAAAUAGAUUCUAAACAGAAGCACAUGUUCUAGUAAACUAUUUUCCAGAACAAAUGAAAUUGUCUCCUUGCAGUGUAUUUUUCUUGAUAUAACUUAGAAGGUUAUAAUCUUACUUAAAAAUGGACUGUCGUGCUUAGGGGAAGUUUUUUGAAAUCCACACCAUACGUUUAGUAAGUUCUUGAGUUUCUUAGGAGGUAUUAGCUGACUUGGUAAAAACAAAACCCAGGACUCUGAUACUGAACUGCUUCUCACCGGGUGGGGAAAGAGUGAGAAAAAAGGGCAGUUGGUCAGUAGUCAGGCAGCAUUAAGACUAAAAACAUAGGUGGCAUGCUUCCUUCCAAAAAGUGGAUCUCCAUACUCCAGUUUCCUUGAUAAAUGAGCUUAACGAGAGAAAGAGAGAGAGAGAGAGAGAGAGAGAGCGCAUGUUAGACUCAAGCAACCAAGGCAUCUUGGGUUUUUGUUUGUUUGUUCUGUCGUUUUGAGACAGGGUUUCACUUUGAAGCUCUGACUGUCCUAGAACUCAGAUCCACCUGGACCUGCCUCUGCCUCCCACUUGCUGGGACUAAAGGUGUGCACCUCCAUGCCCUUUGAGAAGGCAUUCUUGGUAAGAAAACAAGGUCAAGUGUGUGGAAUUGUGACAAGUGAGACAUGAGAAUGUGCAGAGUUAAAGAAACUUUUCUACUCGAAUGUUAAGCUGAGCAGGAAUCGUGACAACCUUCCCAGUCUUCUCAGAGGUAGAUGAUGUUUUUAUCACACUCAGUAGCCUUGUCUUUACUGAUCUCCCCACUGUUAUUUCUGCAUAGUGUCCUGAGGAAUCAGUGCUGGUUCAUCAUGUAACAACUUGGGAUAGUUGUCCCAAUUGACCCUGAUUAAAAAGUGUGUGUGUGUGUGUGUGGUGGGGGGGGGAGGCUGGAGAGAUGGCUCAAUGGCUGAGAGCACUGGCUGCUCUGCCAGAGGUCAUGAGUUCAAUUCCCAGCACCCACACGGUGGCUCACAACCAUCUCUAUGGGAUGGUCUUUUCUGUCAUGCAGGCACUACAAUGCAAGUAGUGUGCAUGAUACGUAAAUACGUAAAUAUUUUUUUUGUUGUUUUUCGAGACAGGGUUUCUCUGUGUAGCUUUGCGCCUUUCCUGGAACUCACUUGGUAGCCCAGGCUGGCCUCGAACUCACAGAGAUCCUCCUGCCUCUGCCUCCCGAGUGCUGGGAUUAAAGGCGUGCGCCACCACCGCCCGUCUACAUAUACGUAAAUAUUAAAAGCACAAACUCAAGAGGGUUUGCUCUGUAUCUGGGCCUGUACAGCAGGAUUUGUGAAUUCUCCAUCACCCCUCAUGCUUGCACCGCAAACCCCGUUUCUUGUGGGCCUGGGUUGGAUGGAGACAGGGCUCAUUUGAGGAGUCGUGCUGACAGUAUAGAAGAUAACAUUAAAGGAGGCACUGCUCCGGGUAUUGCAAGUUGGGACCUCCUUUUAAGGUGUUUGCGUAAUUUAUAAGGUUUUUUUUUUUCCUGUCUUUGGUGCUUUGCGGUUUUAAUAAUGUAAAUUACGGGACAACAGGGGAUGUAGUUCAGUGGCUGAGUGCUUUCUUAGCUUGAGGACUGCCUUAGCUUCUGCCCUCAACAUUAGUGGGGCGCGUGCGUGCGUGCGUGCAUGUGAGUACGUGCGUGUGAGCGUGCGAAUUAUUUGGUGGUUGAUACAGAAAAUUUGGGUUAUUAAAAUAAUUCCAGAAGAGGCAGCAGACAUGCCCUGAGCUAUUUUUAUGGAUGUAAGUCUUUGGUGGUGGAAAAGUCUGCCACUGAUGUGGUUAGUGGUGUUUUUGUUAUGCUUAAUAGUAACAGUAAAAUUUCCUACUAAUCUAAGGAAGGAGGGGGUGGGGAGAGGAAAUCCAGCGUCUAAGUGACACCCAGAUUGAGAGGAGGGGGUCUUUUUUUUUUUUGGUUUUUCAAGACAGGGUUUCUCUGUGUAGCUUUGCGCCUUUGCUGGAACUCGCUUUGUAGACCAGGCUGGCCUCGAACUCACAGAGAUCCGCCUGCCUCUGCCUCCCGAGUGCUUGGAUUAAAGCCGUGCGCCACCACCGCCCAGCUGAGAGGAGGGGUCUUUGGUGGAGAAAGUUUUUAUUAUACCAGUAAUGUAUAGAGAAUUCAGGAGAAAAACCCCAAUGAGACAGACACUUUGUAUAGCCGCUGUUUCCCCUUCGAACAUGAAGACGUGCUCAGGCGUCAGCGCCGGCCAUCCUUCAAGAUGAAGGGCAGCAUCGUCUGGUCUGACGAGCCUCAUCCUGGCAUCUCUCAGCCAGAGCCCUGGGCCCUUUGGGAGGUCAGCGUUGGGAAGAGAACAUGCUGCUGGGUUACAAGAUCCGACUCGGCUCCUUCCUCAGCAGACCGAAUUGUCAAUGCCUCUACCUGGUUGUGUUCUGACAUGUAGACGGCUUGAAAACACGGUAGAAAAUAAAGAGGCUUGGGAGAGGUUAGUUUUCUGAUCAGGUGGGACGGGUGAUUUUUUACUUUUUAUUUUUAUUUUUUUCGAGACAGGGUUUCUCUGUGUAGCUUUGUGCCUGUCCUAGAACUGACUCUUUCAUCUCUGCAUUGGCUCUGUGUUUCUUAUUUAACAAGACCGUUCUUCUAUACUCUGUAGCCCAGGCUGGCCUCGAACUCGAGAGUACUGGGAUUAAAGGUGUGUACCACCACCGCCCGGCUUUUAUUUUUAUUUUUUUUUAUAUUAUCACUCUGGGCUCUUGCUUUUGCUUUUACUAGUUGUAAUAUUACACGGUUUGUUGCAUUAUUUUGGAUUCAAAGUAGGGACCUUGGAAAAAGAAUUGAGCAAUAGAAGACAAAUUCAGUUAUAGAAAUGAACUGAAUUGUCAAGGUCCAGUAAAAGAAGCUCACUCUAAGGAGGAAGUUUACGGGUUUUGUUUUAAAGUUAGAAUUCUGAUGGCACCAGGCACAUGUGGUACACAUACGCACAGGCAAAACACUCAAAAUCUAAAGCAAGAUUACAGGAUUAAACUAGAAAAAAUGUAUGUGAUUAUAGUUACUAGGUGUGAUGUAUUGGGAAAAGCAAGAGAUUAAAGAAAGAUGUGUUUGAAUGUUGUGUGUGUGUGUGUGCACAUGCGCGCACAUACUUGUAAUCUCUUUUUUUUUGUUUUUUCCUUGAGACAAGAUCUUGCUCUGUAGACCAAGCUGGCCCCAGAUUCACGGAGCUCCACCUGCCUGUCUCCCAAGCGCUGGCAUUAAAGGCAUGUGCCACCAUAAAGGGGCAGCUUUUGAAAGUUGUUUCGUUUACUGUGUGAUCGAUCUGGGGAUUGAACUCAGGGAGUCAAGGUUUGUGCAGCUAGCGCUUUUACUGAUUUCGCCACCGCGGAAGCUUCUCCCGUAUUUUUUUUAAAGCCAUUUAAAUUAAUUAGUUAAUUUGAUGUGCCUGGCCAUUUGGAGGUCAGAAGACAGCUUUUGGGAGUUGGUUCUUUUUCCAUCUGUGGUCCCAGAGAUUAAACUUGAGUUUGGUGGCAGGUGACUUUAUCUGUUGAUUGAUCUCACCAGCUUGGGCAAGUUUAGUGCUGUAGCCUGUCAUAGCUGAAACAGAGAUGACAACUGGCUUGGAUUUGAUGGGAUUUAAUGUGCACAAACAUGUCUAGCACAGUAUUUGUCUCAUUGUGGACACUCAGUCCAUUGCACGGUGCCACCUACUUCUGUGUUGGAGACUCAGUAAUGGAGUCUCACGCUUUGUAAGUAACUUCCUUCCCUUUGUUCUGGGGGAAUCUGUUGACAACUGAUUGUAACAUGCACACGGCUAACUGACUCAACUGUACCAGGCACUGCGGGGGUUGCCGGAGGAGAAUGGUAGAGCAUGCUCCAUCCAGAAUGUGAUUUACAGUGUCCUGGCUGUGCUGAUUUCCUUCUGCUGCGUAACAAAUCGCCAAACACCCAAUAGCUUUAGACAGCACUACCGUAGCAGUCUUGGAGGCUGGAUGUCCAACAAAAAUGGGUUUGGCUAGACCAAAAUCGGGACACAGACAGCUCUGGUUCCUGUCUUGGGGAGCUGUUCUCAUUGGAUUACAUUUUGAGUGGGAAUCUAUUUAGUUGGCGCUGAAUGAUCGCUAGUUCAAUUUUAAGUAGGGUUAAAAUGAAAGUGUAGUGUUCAGUUCUAGGGUCAGCUGAAUGCUUCAGCUGUUCACAUUGGCCAGUUAAAUCUUAAAGAUUCAAGCUCCUGUGGCAUACUUUUUUGUUUUUGUUAAAAGUUAGUUGAUAUAAUUUGAUUUAAAGCUUGAACUGUAAAAAUCCAUUAGAUACAGAAUUUUGGUAAAGAAUACUUCAUAAACUAUUUUAGUUAGAGUUUCUAUUGCUGUGAAGAGACACCGUGACCAUGACAACUCUUAUAAAGGAGAACAUUUAAUUGGGGCUGGCUUACAGUUCAGCAGUUUAGUCCAUUGUCAUCAUGGCGGGAAGCGUGGCUCAGCAGACGGACAUGGUGCGGGAGAAGGAGCUGAGAGUUCUACAUCCCAGUUGCCAAGUAGGAAGAGAGUGCCACCCUGAGCCUGGCUUGAGCUUCGGAGACCUCAAAGCCCAUCCCCAUAGUUCCUCAACAAGGCCACACCUCCUGAUAGUACCACUCCCUGUGAGUCCCUAGGGGCCAUUUCCUUUCAAACCACCACAUAAACCUUUGGAAGAGGGAGGGUGUGGCCUUUUAGAAUAUAUUUGUUCUCGCUUAGGUGUAUUGCAAAAGGUUGGUUUCAAGGGCAAGAGGUUUUUAUUUUUCUGUUGUGUACCUGUUUGUCCUAAGAACAUGCAGUUAAAAUGAAUUUGAGAUUCUAAUAGUUAUUUUUUAAGUAAAAUUUUUAUUUAUGGGGUUUCAAGUGUGAUUCCUUUGCUGUCCAUUGAGGUCAAGAUUUCUAAGAUAGCCGUUUCUCAAAGACCAAAUGCUUAAUCUAGCUGUCAUCAGCCCCUAGCUAUGAUUUUUUUAUCCUAGUGAAUCAGAGACAGACAUGUUCAUGACAGCUUCAGAGUGCUCCGUUGGGGGCCUUUGGCUUCCAAUUUCUUCAGUUUACUUUAGGAUAGAUCUUCCUCUACUUGAUGACAUCUGGUCUUUUUAAGAAUGAGUUCAGAUCACAUUCAUUCCUAUCCCAUUCAGCAUACCGUGGGUAUGUAUGUGGGAUAUGCCAUUGUUACAUGGAAACAUGCGUCCAUUCACAAAGACAGGUAUCUUCGGAUUGGAUCUCAUGUUCCACGUAAGGGGAUCUUCAUCCGUCGAGGGAAAAUGGGAACGCUGAUCUGUAUACCUUUGAUUUCUCAAUGACUGUACUUUAAAAUGAUGACCCCAGGAUCGGCACCGUCAUCCCCUUGUGCUGUCCUCUAUCUCCAUGUUCUUACGUGUCAUUCUGAACAGUGGUUCCAGAAGAGGAUUGACUUUUGUGCCUGUCUUUUGUUCACCAGUUGAACAAAAGCCACACCCAAGUGCUGUCGGUUAUUAUUACUUUGUUUUUAUGUGUAUGAUGUUUGUCUGCAUGUAUGUCUGUGCAUAGCUUGUGUGCCUGGUGCCUGUGGAGUAACAAGACAAUUGUGAGCUGCCAUGUGGGUGCUGGGAAUUGAACCUAGGUCCUUUGGAAGAGCAGCUGGUGUUUUUAACCACAGAACCAUAACUCCUCUCCAUUUUUUUAAAACGAUUUUUAAGUGUGUGUGUGUGUGUGUGUGUGUGUGUGUGUGUGUGUGUGUGUGUGUGUGUGUAAACUGGUGUCUGGGAAUCAGACUCUACAAGAACGGGACACUGAACUACUGGUCCAUUCAUUGCCUCAGCCACACAAUGGUUUGUUUGUUUGUUUUUGUUUUUUGUAGGCAGGGUUUCUCUGUGUAACAGUCCUGGCUGUCCUGGAACUUGCUCUGUAGACCAGGCUAGCCUCAAACUCACAGAGAUCCUCCUGCCUCUGCCUCCCAAGUGCUGGGAUUAAAGGCGUCCGCCACCACCUGGCAACAGUGGUUAUUUUUUAAGAACAUCUGUUUAAGUUUUUUGUUUACCCUUUAAAACCAACAGAUGAGCCUCAUGCUUUUGGUGACCCCCCGGGAUGAGUCAUGCUGGUCAUCUGGCGUACUUUGAUCUGAGGGGCUGUUACUACCAGCUUGU